CUAGAGCGAGGCUAGGGUAGAGAGGCCGACCGUAGCAGGAGUCGUCCGCUUGUCGUGGAGGCUGCUCGGAGCCGGUGAGAGAGGGUGAGCGGGCGAGCAGACGAGCGAGCGAGAGCCAGGCAAGGAGGGGCGUCGCGCGGCGCAUAGGAGCGCCGGGCCCCGGCCGCGGCGGAAGCACAGCCGGAGCUGGGCGCCGCGGAUCCCCACCCCCACUCAGCCGGACGGUGCCCGGUGUUCCCCCGUGCGGGGGGCGGCGGCGGCUGACCAGACCCGACAGGACUUCGGAGGUGUUGCCACCUCCGCCGGGGAGCCGGCGCGGCCGCGGGCCCCUUAGAGCCGGGCCCGGGGCCCGUGACAGACGGGUCCAGGAAGGAAGAGAGGCGGCGGCGGCGGCGCAGGCGACGGGGCGGCAGCGGCGACACCAUGUCAUCCCCCAGUCCGGGCAAGAGGCGGAUGGACACGGACGUGGUCAAGCUCAUUGAGAGUAAACACGAGGUUACAAUCCUGGGAGGACUCAAUGAAUUUGUAGUGAAGUUUUAUGGACCACAAGGAACACCAUAUGAAGGUGGAGUAUGGAAAGUUAGAGUGGAUCUUCCUGACAAAUACCCUUUCAAAUCACCAUCUAUAGGAUUCAUGAAUAAAAUUUUCCAUCCCAACAUUGAUGAAGCGUCAGGAACUGUGUGUCUAGAUGUAAUUAAUCAAACUUGGACAGCUCUCUAUGAUCUUACCAAUAUAUUUGAGUCCUUCCUGCCCCAGUUGUUGGCCUAUCCUAAUCCCAUAGACCCUCUCAAUGGUGAUGCUGCAGCCAUGUACCUCCACCGACCAGAAGAAUACAAGCAGAAAAUUAAAGAGUACAUCCAGAAAUAUGCAACGGAGGAGGCCCUGAAGGAACAGGAGGAGGGCACUGGCGACAGCUCGUCAGAGAGUUCUAUGUCUGACUUUUCGGAAGAUGAAGCCCAGGACAUGGAGUUGUAGUAGAAAAAGCACCUGCUUUUCAGAAAGACUAUUAUUUCCUAACCAUGAGAAGCAGACUAUAAUAUUCAUAUUUAAACAAAGCAAUUUUUUUUAUUACUAAACAAGGUUUUUAUGAAUAAUAGCAUUGAUAUAUAUAUAUUAUAUAUCACCCUUUAGAUCUUGAUUUCUUGGUCAUUUCUCAACCUGAGGUGCAUAGCAUAUUCCCACAUUCCAUUUUGGUAGCAAUAUGCGGUCCGAAUGCAUGCAUUCAUAAGUCCAUUGGCCAAGUCAGUCUGUGUGCUGCUGAACUGUCAAAAGAAAUAGCCACUCUGAUACUUAGACAUGAGUGAAACUUAACACAAGUUGCUUCUUUAUCGAUGGUUCCAAAGAAACAAACCAAACCUACCAGCUCUUGGAUGAAGAUAGAAUAGUGCUUUUUCAGAGUGGAAAGGAAAAAAUUGGGGAGGAAGAGGCCUGCUUUGGGAGCAUGUAGAGCCAGCCAUGUGCGAAUCAGCUGUUUCUUCUGUGAGGCCUGGGGGCCCGUUUCUGUGGAGCAGCAGUGCAAAACAGGGAGUUAAUUGGAAAAAUGAAACUUAAAAAUAUUUUUUGACUUGGGUUUUGAGUACAUUUUUAUGUGUAGAUUCCUGCCCUUCAUGCUACUAGACCUGCAGCCACAGUGUUUUUUGCUUUGGAGAACUUUUGGGAAUUGUUCUCUGAUCCUGAUUCUUUUUCUGGGGGUGCAGCUUAUCAUCCAGACCAUUUUUGAGAGGAUAGGACAGGAGGAGAAAAGUGACGGGAAGAAGCGAAACUCAUCCUGAUCUGGUGUUGGGCCCGUUGGAGACCACUACCCUGGAUAAAAGCUUUAAACUGGAGGGGGUUUCUUGUUUGAUUGGGUUGUUUUGUUUUGUUGUUUCUUUUUUAAUUUGUGUGAAUUGUGCUUAGGUUAUGAAUUUAAUCUUGCCCUACCAAGAGACAGCCUCCUCUCUGGUCAAGCCUCUUAGUGGACCAUUACAUGCCAGGAGACGACCUGACUGGUGAACAUAAGGCCUGAGGCACUCUCCUUCAUGUCUGGGGUUUGUUUUCCCUCUGGCUGCUACUCCUGGGUUAGCCUGGCCAUCAUCUGCUUGUAGAAGUGAAAACAUGUAUUUGUAAUUUACACUGAGUAAUAAUUGAAACAAAUAGACAUCUUGUACUCAAAGUGGCUCGAUUUGGGGAAAAACCAGCUUGCUUCUGAGUUUGACUAGAGAGAAGGGAUUGGAGACAGGAUACAGUGAGAGAGGGAGGGAGGGAGGGAGGGAAGGACAGACACUUGUCUCGUGUGCAUACAUAGAGCACGUGAGACAGUUUUCAUGCCUGCUGCUGGUCUAGGCUUUGCUCAGCUAACCUGCAUCCAGGUCGUCUGAGUGUUGCCUGCAGAAUCUGGAGGGAACUGGAGUCAUUUUAGGCAGAGCUCUAUUCUUUUUGCCACAGCCAGUGGGACAAUAGCAGAAUUAGCCAAUCCUAAAACCUUCUAAAGACAACUUCUGAACUGUCCCUCUGGGAUAACUUUUCUUUUUGAUGUGUGUUUUUAGUUUAGAAGUACUAUAUUCCACAAGGUUUAGGUCAAUGAGGUUGGAAGAUACCCUAUCUUUUUUAAUUCAAAAAGCACAAUCAAUCUUUUCUUUGAAAAUCUAUAUAGAAUACAACUUGCUUUUAGCAUGAUUAUUUUCCUAAAUAAAAAGACAAAGAAUUUGCUUAUUUGAUGUUAAUUACGGGCAUGAAGCAAAAGGUUGUUGAAAACGUGAAGUUCUGUAGGGCUGUGGUUAGUAACUGUGCUGAGUUCUCUGGAGCAUUGGUGGCUUGUUGAGAGGGUAAUAUUAACUAUUUAACAUGUAAUGGUGUACUUUUACCUAUGGCGCUGUCUUCUCAUUGCUUUGGGGGCGGGAGGGUCUCUGGCAGCACUGUCACUUGCUUCCCUGCUGCUUUAGCAGUUUGCCUGUGCUGUAACCUUCACUGUAGGUGCUACUAGGUAGGCUUGAAGUGCUGGGUGGUGAUUUGAAUUCAAACAAUAAAAAAAUGUAUUUUUUCAAUAUUGUAUAAACAAUAGUGUUCUAAUUACCUUUCAAAAAAAAAAGUCCAGAUAAUUGCACUUGAUCUUGUCCAAAAAAACCAAAACCUACUUUAACCAAGUUCCCAGAUCUGUGAGCAGUAUUGCCACAGCUCUGUCCCUCAUGAAAUCCACUUUGCUCCCAUAAAAACACAUCAGCCUUCUCGCCUCCCAGAGCUCCAGCGGCAGUGGCUCUGAGUUCUGUAGAACUCCCACGUGAAGACGGGGAGAGGCCACUGCUCAGUGUGGCUGCGGCGUGCACAUGCACAUCCAUCCAAGUGGGUGACAGAGGUGUGACCAGGCCUCUCAGCACUGGAAGCUCCUGUGACUCUCUCCAAAUCACACUGUACCUUCUCUUUUCUGGGCACUAAUAUGGUUCCAUGCAUGUUCUAGGCCUUUUCUUCACUAAGAAACUGACUGCUAUACCUUUCUAACUCUUCCCUGUUCCUGGGCAAGGUGAGACUAGGAGAUCAGCCUCCCUGAGGGCUCUGGGCCCCGUCUUAGAUACAGCCUUCCCUCACAGCAGAGGCUUCUAGAGCCCCAGAAGGCUGAGCCCUCUGGAGCUCUUCAGAGCUGCUGAUGCCAGUUUGCCUCUCUUAGCACCCAUUGUUUUUGAGGUCCCACCUUUGAUUUACCAACAUGAGCCAUUCUUUUGCUCCAAUUCAGAUGACUGAGCUCCUGCUGUUGACAAACAACACGCAAGGUAGAAUAACCAGCAACACUGCAUCUACUGCCCUAGCCUUCCAGAAGUCCAGCAAAGGCCAGUGGGUGGUAUCCAAGUAGUGCCCAACCUAGACCCUGACAGUGUGGCUUUUUUUUUUUUUUUGUCCAAAGUCUCAUUACUGCCCUUGAGUUUACUUGUGGUUUCAACCAGCAUCUUAAUACUAACAAGAAAGUGAUUGGAAGUUUCCAUAUACUCUGCAGUACUAAUGAUUUUCAUCCACUUCACAGGCUAUUCUAAAUUGCUGACUGGCUUGAUACAAGCUCCUUUGAACUUUCAAACAUAGUUUGCUCUCCAAAGGGCUCCAGUGAGCCUUGGUCUGAUGCUUGCUUUUUUUUUUGUUUUGUUUUUUGAGAUGGCUGAGAAUCAUGUCAGAUCCUCUGCUAGCCUCCAUGGGGUCAGGUUUGGGAACUGAUGUUUUAUUUUCAAUGGCAUCUGGUCCUUCUAGAUUGGAAUGACUCAGAAGUGAAGGCCAUUUACAAAAGUUAGCAAAGAGAUUUUUUUUUUCCAUUUCAUCAAAUUCCUAACUGGGCUCACAGCUUUGUGGAGAAAUCAAAUUGUUUCUGAGUGGGCAUAAAAGCUGCAUUUCUUUGGACUUCUGAAUCCAUGUUUAUACUUUCUCUGGCCACCGAACACCUUGGCCAUCCCCUUAGGGCUGAAUAAAGACCCACUGGGGCCGAGUUAGCCUUGGUGUACAGAUCUCCACUCUGCUGAGGAAGGGCCAGGGUUCUGGCUUUAGCAGAUACUUGCCUUGGCUGAGAGUUUGGGAAGAAAUGGCCACUAUUUACUGAUUGUAUUUGGUACAUAUUGUGUGAUACUUGAAAAGAUAAAAGGGAUCUACUAGCCCUUAAUUGAGAUCUAAGCUUUUUACUGCUUUUUUUCCUUUGCCCUGUCUCCUCCCUUCCACCUUACUCCUUGCAUUGUGGUGAUCUAGUGGGCAUGUCUGUCACCAGACAACUGCCUCCUCUGACUAUAACCUCUUAAUAGUUGUGUAUAAUGAAAACUGUAAACUUUUUUAAAUAAAAUGUGUAUAUACCUUA